AUGGGCAAUACGGACACGAAGCUAAACUUUCGCAAAGCAAUCGUACAGCUGACGAGCAAAAGUCAGCCAAUCGAUGCGAGUGAUGACGCAUUUUGGGAACAGUUCUGGUGCGAACACAACACACCGGUACAGGAUGUGUUUGCGCUAGUGCCGGCGAACGAGAUACGCAAGGUGCGAGAUGUUAUGCCGACGAAUUUGGCCACGCUGUGCUACAAGGCCACGGAAAGGAUGGUACGGGCGGUGGACAAUAGUUGUAGGACGCAGGGUGAACAGCAAACCGUAUUGAACUGUGUCCGGUUGCUGACACGCAUCCUACCGUACGUGUUCGAGGAUGUCCAGUGGAAGGACUUUUUCUGGUCAUCGCUCCCUUCCGGCAGCGAGAAGGAAGAGACCGGUUCGGUUCCAUUGGCCCAGAGUUUGCUGAAUGCGAUUUGUGAUCUGCUGUUCUGUCCGGACUUUACCGUGAUCGGGUACCGGAAAUCGGGUCCCGAAAAAGCGGAAGAACUCAACUCCAUCGAUAGCUGCGAGUACAUCUGGGAGGCUGGCGUUGGAUUCGCCCAAUCGCCACCCCGCAAUGGCAACAUGGAUUCGAGGCGCACGGAGCUGCUGAAGCUGCUGCUGACGUGCUUCAGCGAAACCAUGUACCGUCCACCGACGGCAAGCGAUGAACCGAACCGUUGGAUCGUGCACUUUACCAGUGCGGACAAUCGGCACGCGCUGCCCCUGUUCACCUCGCUGCUGAACACGGUCUGUGCGUACGAUCCGGUCGGUAUCGGUGUACCGUACAACCACCUGCUGUUUACGGACACGCUCGAACCGCUGGUUGAGGUAUGUUUGCAGAUUUUAAUCGUCACGCUCGACCAUGACAUCACGAGCAACGGGCCGGCACAGUCGUCGGCGUACAUACACGACGACAGUACCAUUGCGGACAAUCUCUUCAUCAACUAUCUGUCGCGCAUUCACCGGGACGAUGAUUUUCAGUUCAUCCUGAAAGGUGUUACGCGUUUGCUAAACAAUCCGCUAGUGCAGAGCUAUCUGCCAAACUCGACCAAGCGGCUCCACUGUCACCAGGAGUUGCUGGUGUUCUUCUGGAAGAUUUGUGACUAUAACAAGAAAUUUCUGUACUUUGUGCUGAAAAGCAGUGACGUGCUGGACAUACUCGUACCGAUUCUCUACCAUCUGAACGAUUCCCGCGCCGAUCAAUCACGCGUUGGACUGAUGCACAUUGGUGUGUUCAUUCUGUUGCUCCUAUCCGGUGAGCGUAACUUUGGUGUCCGGCUAAACAAACCCUACACAGCCACCGUACCGAUGGACAUUCCCGUGUUUACCGGUACACACGCGGAUCUGCUGAUAACGGUGUUUCACAAAAUCAUUGCCACUGGGCACCAGCGGCUGCAGCCACUGUUUGACUGUCUGCUUACGAUUCUCGUCAACGUGUCGCCGUACUUGAAGACACUCUCGAUGGUGGCUAGCAUUAAGUUGUUGCAUCUGCUGGAAGCAUUCAGCACGCCCUGGUUCCUUUACUCGGCACCCUCGAACCAUCAUUUGGUGUUUUUCCUGCUGGAAAUCUUUAACAACAUCAUCCAGUAUCAGUUCGAUGGGAAUUCGAACCUGGUGUACACGAUCAUCCGCAAGCGGCAGGUGUUCCAUGCGCUUGCAAAUCUACCGACGGAUGCGGCCGGCAUUGCGCGAUGCCUCAGCAACCGUAAGGGUGGAAGUGGAGGUGGAAUGGUCGGUGGACGUACGGGUGGUUCUAGUCAAGGAGCGACCUCCAGAAGUGUGGCCGGGCACGAUGAUGCCGCUGAUUAUCAGCAGCGUAAAGCUGCCCUCACGGCAACCGGAAGCGGAUCUGUAGCCGGGGAUGAGAGUGAGGAAGACCGUAUUGUCACACGAACUGGGCGGCUCGCUUUGCACGAAGCAGACAGUGCAAGUGAAAGAGAGGAAGACGCCCGAAUCGGUGACGAGGAUGCUCGUAGCGAUAUCGUAGAAGAGUCGAUGGAAGGUUCACGGCCAGCGCAGGAAGCCGAACCCGGUACGCUGAAGGCCACGUUGCUAGAUACGCCCAAUCUGGCACAGAUCACCGAACGAGAAUCGGCACACCCAAGCGACCUUGCUAGUCCUUCGUCGCCGGAUGUACCGGUAGUGCCAGAAAAGGUGACCGCAAGCGAUGAAGAAGAACCGGAGGCUAAUGGCACCACAAAGGGGACUGCAACUGAUUCGUCUCCGAGCAAAACGCCUUCCCCACUGCGACGUUCGGUUGCGCAGCGUGGCAGCUUGCGCGUAACACCUGCCCCGGUGCACGGAGCCCAGGUGAAACAGUGGCAACCGACACCGGAGUGGGUACAGUCGUGGCGCUCGAAGCUACCGCUCCAAACAAUCAUGCGCCUGCUGCAAGUGCUUGUACCACAGGUGGAAAAGAUCUGCAUCGAUAAAGGCCUUACCGAUGAGUCGGAGAUACUGAAGUUUCUGCAGCACGGUACGCUCGUCGGUUUGCUGCCGGUGCCGCAUCCGAUCCUGAUACGGAAGUACCAAGCGAACGGUGGCACAACGGCCUGGUUCCGCACGUACAUGUGGGGCGUUAUCUAUCUGCGCAACGUUGAUCCGGCCGUCUGGUACGAUACGGAGGUGAAGCUGUUCGAGAUACAGCGCGUCUAA